UUUAUGCUCAUCCAGUCGCCCUCUCUCUCACACAUACACACACACACACACGCGCACACACACACACACACACUCAUAGUAAUUAAUUGCAGGAAGAAGUUUUUCAGUUGAGCCUUCGCUCCGCAGUGAAUGUUAUCUUUGAUACGAAGCUAGCAGCAGCUGCGCCUCUACUCUUAGUUUUACGGUUUGGCAGCGAGGGAGCGCCCAGGAUGGUGGUGGUCGUUUAAAAAAAACGUGUUUGUCACAAUAAAUGGUGGAAUCCAUUACACUGGGGGUUGUUUUUGUCACCGGAGAGUCUUAGGGAAAAGGAAAUCUUUCACAAUGAUCUCCCAAAGUCACUAUGAGGAAAAGGACAACCCUUUACUGCAGUAUGUUCUCAAUCACUCCUUGAGGGAGCAUCCGGUCCUGAAGAAACUCAGACUGAGGACAAUGGAAAACUCCAUGAGCUUCAUGAUGGUCCCCUGUGAGCAGUCCCAGUUCAUGGCUAAUCUGGCAAAACUAAUACAAGCCAAGAAAGCAUUAGAAAUUGGAGUAUUCACAGGUUACAACACACUGAGCAUGGCACUGGCUUUGCCAGACGAUGGAGUUUUGGUGGCAUGCGAUAUCAGUGAAGAAUACACCAGCAUUGGAAAACCCUUCUGGAAAGAGGCUGGGAUUGAGAACAAAAUUGAUCUACGUAUACAGCCAGCAUUGAAAACACUAGAUGACCUCCUUGCUGCUGACCAGGCAGGGACAUAUGACUUUGCCUUCAUUGAUGCAGAUAAAGUUAACUAUGACGGUUACUAUGAAAAAUCACUGCAGUUGUUAAGGAAAGGAGGCAUCAUUGCAAUUGACAAUGUGCUGUGGUAUGGAAAGGUUCUCAGUCCCACCCCUGAUGACAAGGACACUGUGGCCAUCGACAAACUGAACAAGAAGUUGGUCAGCGAUAAACGCAUCCUGCUCAGCAUGCUCACAGUGGGAGACGGGCUCACAAUUGCUAUCAAAUUAUAGAGCAAGCCCUCUUAUAUGUUCAGUGGAUGAAUUAUCUGGGAUAGGCGUGUGAUCAUAGCUGACGUUCAUAGGUGUCGUAUGUGAACAUGCAACUGGAAGUUUAUGUGGCCUUUACAUAACACUGAUUUUUGAAAUCAUUUUUAAGUCAGUUUUUACAGUCAGUCAGUCAUCAUCUACCGCUUUACACUCCACCAGAGGGUCGCAGGGGGUGCUGUGCCAAUCUCAGCUACAUCGGGCGAUAGGCGGGGUACACCCUGGACAGUUCACCAGUCCAUCGCAGGGCCACACACAUAGAGACAAACAACCAUUCACUCUCACACUCACCCCUAUGGUCAAUUUAGGGUGUCCAAUUUACUUUAUUUGAGGUACACUGUUACAUUGUUUUUUUAAGUAAAGCAGUGUACUGUAAUUAAUAAUGUGACCUAUCACUUUGCCUUGUUCAAGUCUCACACAGAUGAUAUAAAGUGAAUGACAGCCCUCAGUCUUAGUUACAGUGACACACACAGAUGAGGCAGCAUUGCCUUUCGUGAAGACUCGUAAAAAGUGUGUAACUCAGUCACAUGGUCUUUAAUUCCACAGAUAAUCCUGCUAUUGUCCUUUCUAUGCUGAUAUAACGUAUCAAAGUAGAGUAAUGUAUGUAAUGUAUACGAAUACCCUGAAAGUUUGCGACCAUUUCAAAAAUGGCAUAAAAUGAAAAGACAACAAUUUUCUCCAAAUUACUUUACAACUAUUUCCAAGAAGGCAAAUGCUUCAUUUACAUGACAACACUGCCCCCCUCUGUGUGAACACGUGUAUUACAUGAUUCUAACAUAAAAAUAAUACAAAAAAAGAAUUGUAUUCUUAAAGAACUGUUUGUUUUUCUUUGUUUGCAUGGUAAUCUUCCACUUCAAAACACAAAAUGCAUGCUGUGCCUGCUUUGUCCACUCAGGCUGCUGUAGAAACAAGCAAAUGAUUGCUGCCUCCAUAACACAAGAACUUACUGAAAGUGCAUAUAAAAGGAUCAUUUUAAGCCUACAAACAUUUAAACAUAUUGGUAUUUCUGCAAAUAAAUGCUACAAAACUGGACCUUUAAGACUGAA